AGUCACGGUAACACUUAAAAGAGAGGCGCACAUGAAGGGUCAUUUGAUUUAAUCAAAACCAUGUCUUAACAAGCGUUGGAUCGCACACCCAACCCAAGCACAUCCCUAAACUUCCUAACAACAAUCCAAUUAUUUACCCAAAAAAAAAUUAAAAUAGAACAACCAAAUUAACUUAAUCAACAUCAACCACAACUUUCCCACCUCCUACACCCCUUUGCCACUUGUUUAUUUCCACCCGUGAUGAAUUUUCCAUUCUUUUUUUCUUUUCAACUUUGACUUAUACAUGAGCUUCACUUAAUUUUAUCGAGUUCUAUGAGGAUUUGGUAGGAUCUCUUAUUGGAAAACCUGAUCUUUAAAGUCAAAUCCUCCAAAUGGAGCAAUUUCGACAUAUUGGAGAGGUGUUAGGAAGUUUAAAAGCUAUAAUGGUAUUUCGAGGUAAUAUCCAAAUCAAUCAGAAACAAUGCUUUUUCCUGUUCGAUAUCUUCUGCUUUGCAUAUGAAUCAAUAGCAGAAGAGAUGGAACAUAACCUCAGAUUCGAAGAGAAGCACACGAAAUGGAAAAUUCUUGAGCAGCCAUUGAGAGACCUCUACAGGAUAUUUAGAGAAGGAGAAACCUAUAUUAGACAAUGCUUGGAAACAAAGGACUGGUGGGCAAAAGCCAUAACUCUUUAUCAGAACUCGGAUUGCGUUGAGUUCCAUAUUCACAACUUGCUUUGCUGCAUGCCAAAUGUCAUUGAGGCAAUUGAAACUGCUGGAGAAAUCUCCGGAUUGGAUCAGGAUGUGAUGCAAAAGAAGAAACAUGUCUACUCCAACAAGUACAGGAGAGAGUACAGAGAUUGGAAACUUUUCCAGUGGAGAUUUGGGAAGCAGUACCUGAUCACUCAGGAUUUCUGCAACCGGAUUGACACUGUUUGGAAAGAAGAUAGAUGGACUUUGCUUAACAAAAUCAGGGAAAAGAAAAUCUCAGGCUCAACGAAAUACGAGCAGCGUCUCAUAGACCUCUUUUUCAAAAGCUUAGAUGGCUUGGAGCCAUUGAAUGGGAGGCUCUUCCCCUGUUCAAUUCUUGUGGGAUCCAAGGACUACCAUGUGAGACGAAGAUUAGGGAGUGGCAGCCAAUACAAAGAGAUCCUAUGGUUAGGUGAAAGCUUUGUAUUGAGACACUUCUUUGGUGACAUCGAAACCCUUCAGCAGGAGAUCACUUCGUUGCUAUCUCUUUCCCAUCCAAACAUAAUGCACUAUCUUUGUGGUUUUACUGAUGAGGAGAAGAAAGAGUGUUUUCUGAUCACUGAACUAAUGAACAAAGAUCUUAGCAGCUACAACAAAGAGAUUUGCGGGCCAAGGAAAAAAAUCCCGUUUUCGCUUCCUGUUGCGGUUGAUCUGAUGCUUCAAAUUGCAAGAGGGAUGGAAUAUCUUCACUCAAAGCAAAUCUUCCAUGGUCAUUUAAAUCCUUCCAACAUACUUGUAAGACCAAGAGGUAUUUCCUCAGAAGGAAACUUGCAUGCAAAAGUUUCAGGUUUUGGCUUAAAUUCUAUUAGGAGAUUUACCACUAAAAGCCCUUCUAAUCAUAAUGGAACACUUCCAUUCAUCUGGUAUUCUCCUGAAGUUUUGGAGGAACAAGAACAAACUGGAGCUGCUGAGAACUCAAAGUAUACAGAGAAGUCAGAUGUUUACAGCUUUGGGAUGGUUUGCUUUGAGCUUCUGACCGGAAAAGUCCCUUUUGAGGAUAGUCAUCUCCAAGGUGACAAAAUGAGCAGAAACAUCAGGGCAGGAGAGAGGCCGCUGUUCACUUUCCAGUCACCAAAAUAUGUGACCAAUUUGACAAAGAAAUGCUGGCAUACUGACCCAAAUCAAAGGCCAAGCUUCACAUCUAUCUGUAGGAUUCUUCGUUACAUAAAGAGGUUUCUAGCAAUGAAUCCGGAUCAUAAUAUUCAGCUUGAUCCACCCGUCCCCCAUGUAGAUUACUGUGACAUCGAGUCAAGGCUUCUCAGGAAUUUCCCAUCUUGCCAAUCAUCGGUAUCGCAGAUCCCAUUUCAGAUGUUUGUUUAUAGAAUUUUAGAAAAAGAAAAAAUAAGUGCAAGCCUAAAAGAUAAUUCAGAAUCAGGAAGUGAUGGAGCUUCAGUUUGCGGGGAUGAUCAUAUAACUACAGUGGAUGAUCCAUUCCCAUCAUCACCAAUACCAGAAAGGAAGUCUUUAGCAUCACUUGAUGUUACGAACAGAAAACUUUCCAUUAAGAGAUCUCCAGAUUCAAGACUGAACAAACUACCAGGGACACCGAGAGGACGAUCAGUAAGGCCUCCACAAAUGUCGCCUUGUGGGCGUAGUAUGCGAAUGAGUUCAGAAAGCCAGCUAAUGGCAAUGAGUCCAAGAAUACGAAGAACAUCAUCUGGUCAUGCAUCAGAUUCAGAGAUCUCAUGAACCUUGAUUUACCAAAUAAUUGGCUUAAAAAGAAAAACAUACAGCUCCACUCUGAAUUUCAGACAGAAUGAGAAUGGAUUUAUCAAAUAGUAACGGGCAAGAUAAUCCAGGAUAGAGCUAGCACACUCAUAGGAUCAAUUUUUCAUGUAGCCAAUCACAAGUUUUAUGUUGAAAAAUGUGUAGGAUUAGUUUAGUUCUGACUGACUACAUGCACUGUAUCAUUACUUGGACUGAAGAAUUACAGUUUAAUUCAUACAUGACAUUCAUUCCUUUUGUUAACAAAAUUUAGAUACAGAGAAGGUUUCUUUUCAAUGUAAAUGAGCACAGGGUAAGACUGCAAGCAUUUUUCUUGUCUGACAGGUGAUAAGUAAUCAUGUGGUAGUACAGGUUAUGAGUCAUAGCCAGUGAACCCAAGUAAAAUGCAAAUCCAUGUAGAAAAUGACACAAUUUUCUUAUAGCAAUGGAGAUUAAUUGCUAUGUUAAUGCUGCACAGGAACUUAAAAUUCAGCAGUCUUUGUACAAAUUACAAAAUAGUUAGCAAUAUAAUUGCAAUAUACAAUAAAUCUGUAUUUAAAAUAAAAAAUAAAAAAGUUCAGCAGUGAAAUAUUGAUUUACUCCUAAAACAUAGAUGGCAAAGCAUAGCCACAUGAUAUUGUAAUCCAGAUAAACAAUGAUCUGAGGUAAUAAAUUCUUCUUAAAUGUAAAGUUAAAAGCAGUUAGUUUUU